UUAUGAUUCUUAUCCAUUCACCGUGGAGAAAGGAAUUAUUCCCUUGCCACAAGAAGAAGCAACUCGACUGAGAGACGGUCAUCACCAGAGUUUGGACAACUGAAAGAUGGAGUUGAAGGCGUAUCUCCUUUUCCUUGUCUUGUUCGUUGCCGCCACAUCUGCAGCGCGUAACUGUACAUGUGAAGAUGAAGAUAAGGAAACGUUGUCCAAGUACAAAGUGAAGGUCAAAGAGGGCGAUGAAGAGAUUGAUGAAGAGGUCAAAAUCGACACCGAGAAACAAACUGAGACUUUUCACAUUCCAAAAACGAAAUCUUCCAGCGCAGGAGAAGUGGACGAAAUCUUCGACUUUAAAAGAAACUUGGUGAUGCGCCGACUGCGUGAACAAAAGGCCUGUUUCUUGAGUGAAUCAACUGAAAAUGCUCCAAAGCCUAAAGACCUCAAAAAGGCACUUGACAAGCAAAGCGCUUCCGGUUCCUCGAAAUCUGUCAAUUCUACAGACUACGAGUACGAAGUUGUUGGCACUGUGAAUGAUCGUUCCACUCUGAGUGAUGAAAUGGCGACUAUGUGCGCGAAGUUCCCCAUUUAUCGCAUCAAGAAGAGGACGAUCACUACGAGUGUGCAAAAAGAAAACAUCCAAGGUGGCAAAAGCAGGAUGAAGAGGAAUCUGUGCAACCGUUGCUACACGAGAUACUAUGUUGUGUGCCGUUAUAAUCCUGUCACGCGCCAAUACGUAUGUUAUUUGAUUAGGCGCAUAAUUUGCAUCUUGGUUAGUUGCUACGGGCGCCGCUGAACGAAGGCCCACGGUCAUUUCAAGAACCAAGAGUUCAUGUGUUUGCAAAUUAAUAAAGAAUGAAAUGAAUCAAGCAAUUCAAA